AUGGCUGGUGAAAUACAUACGGUUUUCAAUGAUAAUCAAAAAGCAUGCAGAUCACGAGUGUCGAAGAAGCUAAUUCUGUUCGCUGGAGAUAUAUCCACAACAGGAAAUAUCGUGGAUGUGCAAACGGAACCAGUGGGUGAGGUUUGCCAUCUUCUCAACACCUCGGAAGGGCGGAUCGGCUGGUACUUGGCUUCUGAGGUCCAAACCCCAGAGGUACGCAUGUUCCAUGCGUGA